AUGAUCAUAUACCUACUAUGGUUAGUCUGCUUUGUCCUUGUGGCAAUACCCUUGUACUUCCGAUGGUGUCACGCCGGUCGCCUGAUGGCCGAAAUUCCGGGCCCGCCCGAACUGCCCGUGCUUGGAAACUUUGUGACUCUCUACAGGACUAAGGAGGAUUUAUUCACCGAUACAAGAUUAUACAAUAAAACAUACGGACGCAUCUGGAAAAUGCAAGCUUUGAAUUUGCGCAGUGUGACUAUAUCUCAUCCAAACGAUAUUGAGAUGAUACUCUCUUCAACCACAUACAAUGAGAAGAAUUUGCCUUACACAUUUUUGUACACUUGGCUUCGUGAAGGACUGUUGGUGAGCAAAGGUGAAAAAUGGCAUCAGCGUCGUAAAUUGCUAACUCCAGCAUUUCACUUUCAAAUACUUAACGAGUACUUUCAUACUUUCCGUCAGAGAACACAGGAUAUAAUGUUGGAUAUUGAAAAUGAGAAUGAUAAGGAACAAAUUGACUUGAAGCCUUUAUUCACUAAAGCAACUCUUCAUGUUAUGUGUGAGACAUCAUUUGGUACAAAAGUAGAGGACACGCCAGCGUUUGACAAGUAUCUUAAAUCUAUACACGAUAUGGGAAAAUGUCUUAUCUAUAGACUGACCCGGCCUUGGCUGUUAGACGAAACUUUAUACAAAUGGUCAUUUAAUGCAAAAAAAGAAAAAUCUAUAGUAAAGGAAUUACAUAACUUUACUAAACAGAUUGUUGAGAAAAGGAGACAAAAAAGGAUUUUGAAUAGUAACAGUCCGGUUAUAGAAAAUUUGCUUGAGAAGAAAACUAAACCAGCUUUGUUAGAUAUCUUGCUAGAUGAAGAAGAGCAAGGAAAUAUAGACAACGAUGGGGUUCUGGAAGAAGUGGACACGUUCUUGUUUGAGGGCCACGACACCACAGCGGCAGCGUUGACUUUUAUGGUUAUGAGGAUCGCUAACGAAUCAGCAGUCCAGGAACGUAUAUACGAAGAGCUAAAAGAUAUUUACAGCGGCUCUCAGAGACAAUUGACAGUUGAAGACUUGAGAAAGAUGAGGUACCUGGAAUGUUGCAUCAAGGAGUCACUCCGGCUGUACCCCAGCGUACCGUUCCUUUCUAGAUACAUUAAACAAGAGGUUGAUAUAGGCGGCUACACGAUUCCAAAGAAGACAUUUUGCAACGUAAACGUGUUCGAUCUCCACCGCAGCCCCGAUCUGUACCCUGACCCUGAGAAGUUUAUCCCCGAGCGUUUCCUACCAGAGAAUGUGGUGACCCGCAGUCCUUACAGCUACAUACCAUUCAGCGCAGGACCAAGGAAUUGCAUAGGUCAAAAGUUCGCCAUGAUGGAGUUGAAGACAGUGAUGUCGGAGUUGCUGUGGAAGUACCAGCUGGUACCAAUCACAAAACCUGAAGAUUUAGUGUUCACCGCGGAUCUAGUGCUUCGGACGAACCAUCCUAUUUUCGUACAGUUUAGACCUAGGAUGCAUAAUAUGUAA